AUGGAGGUUAUCCCUUCCGAGCAUGGGAGUACGUCCAGAAGAGUGGUGUGUGCAGUGGAGGACGGUAUCAGGAAAAGAGCGUUUGCAAAAGCGCAAUACCUUUCUCUCCGUUGUGGAACACGCAACCAGACUAUAUGGGAAUGCCCUAGAGAGACCACCUCUACCGAACACCGGAUUGCAAAAAGUACUGCGAGUAUGGAUACGGAAAGCGCUACAGUAAAGACAAAAUCUACGCAACUUCGGCAUCUGCUGUCAGCAGUGAUGAAGGAGGCUAUCCGAGAUCGAAAUCCUACAAUAAGGGACAGAUCAAGGCGUCGUUCAGCCCAGUCUAUCGACGACGAUUUGGUGGGUCAUACACGGGAAAUGGUAGUCUACAACACAGGCGGCAAAAAGCAGGGCGGACACGCUGUGAAAAUCAUUGGUUGGGGAGUGGAAAUGGCAGCGGGGAAAUAUUGGACGAUUGCCACUCGUGAGAUACCGACUGGGAGAAGGAUGGUUAUUUCCGCAUGA